UUUGUUUUGAUUCUGUCUUUUGUUCAUUUGUCAAAAACAAUCGGAAAAUUUUCUGGUUUUCACUCGUCAUUGCGAAAAUUUUACCUACGUGAGAAACAUUCAUAAUUGCGUCAAUUGCUUUUAAUUUCGAAUUAUAGCCAAAUAUUUGUGGCCAAGCCUUUUAACAGCUUAGGAAGUGCCAGUAAACGUAUUUAAAUGUUCGUUGAAGACAAUUUUUCUGUAUUAGCAGUCGUCGCCCUAGCAGCGCUUAUUCGCAGCAGUGGCGGAGAAUUAUAAGUAUCGAAAGGCAAAUAGUGCGAUAAGGAAGUGGAAGUGGUGCUGAGAAAACGUAUAUUAUAAUUUCUAAAGGAGCAAGAACUAGUGUGUUUGUUUGUUUGCAUACGUGACCUCAGCAGCAAAGCGAAAACCGAGAGCAUAGUAGAAGAAAACCAUCUUCACUUCAUCUACGUUAAAACUAUUUUAGUAAGCUCUAUACCCGUACCCAAUUAAGUAUCUGCGUUAUGCCACAAUCACGUGCUGCCGCGGCAGAAGCUGCGGCCACUGUUAGUGGCCCACAACCACUCGUUAAAAUUGGACAUUAUCUGUUGGGCGCAACGCUCGGCACAGGUACCUUUGGUAAGGUGAAAAUUGGUGAGCAUCAGAUGACACACCAUAAGGUAGCGGUCAAGAUAUUAAAUCGUCAGAAAAUUAAAAGCCUCGACGUUGUCGGUAAAAUUCGUAGAGAGAUACAGAAUUUGAAACUCUUCCGGCAUCCGCACAUCAUUAAGCUUUAUCAGGUUAUAUCCACGCCUACUGAUAUUUUUAUGAUUAUGGAAUACGUGAGCGGUGGUGAACUCUUCGAUUACAUUGUUAAACAUGGCAAACUGCAGGAACACGAAGCACGUCGCUUUUUUCAACAGAUCAUAUCCGGUGUAGACUAUUGUCAUCGCCAUAUGGUUGUACAUCGCGAUUUGAAGCCAGAAAAUUUGUUGCUCGAUCACAAUUUACAUGUGAAGAUCGCAGACUUCGGUUUAUCUAACAUGAUGUUAGAUGGCGAGUUCUUGCGUACUUCAUGCGGCUCGCCCAACUAUGCUGCACCUGAGGUAAUAUCUGGCAAACUUUAUGCUGGUCCAGAAGUAGAUAUAUGGUCAUGCGGCGUCAUUCUCUAUGCACUGCUAUGUGGCACGCUACCAUUCGAUGACGAACAUGUUCCGACGCUCUUCCGAAAAAUUAAAUCUGGUAUUUUUCCCAUACCAGAAUAUCUGAAUAAGCAAGUAGUCAAUUUAGUGUGCCAGAUGUUACAAGUAGAUCCACUCAAACGCGCUACCAUGGAAGAGAUUAAGAAGCAUGAAUGGUUCCAAAAGGAGCUACCUUCAUAUCUCUUCCCGUCCUCAAUUGAGCAAGAUUCGAAUGUAAUUGACACGGUUGCCGUCGCCGAAGUUUGUGGGAAAUUUGGCGUUAAAGAGACGGAAGUGCAUAAUGCAUUGCUCAGUGGCGAUCCACACGAUCAAUUGGCUAUCGCUUAUCAUUUAAUAAUCGACAACAAACGUUUCGCUGACGAGGCAGCAAAAACGGAGAUCAAUAACUUUUUCGUAGCCGGUUCGCCGCCGCCUGCCGCCCACUCACCUAGUGAGCGCGCUGAAUCAGUUGGACCAACCGCUGUAAUCACUGCCGGCGGCACUACCUCGGGCACGUCCACUCCAGGUGGCACCAACAGCGCCAUGCGUCCACAUCCCGAACGCAUUGCACCGAUGCGCGAACGCCAAUUGGCUAUGUCGGUGCAGGCAUCGGGUGGCGGUGCCUUUCCUGAAAAAGCAGCACGUGGCACACCUAUCAAACGUGCCAAGUGGCAUUUGGGUAUUAGAUCGCAAAGUAAACCUAACGACAUCAUGCAAGAAGUGUAUCGCGCCAUGAAAGCUCUAGACUAUGAGUGGAAGAUCAUCAAUCCAUAUCAUGUGCGUGUGCGUCGUCAAAACCUAAAAACGGGCAAAUACUCGAAGAUGUCUUUGCAGCUAUAUCAAGUUGAUUCCAAGAGUUACUUGCUGGAUUUUAAGUCUUUAACCAACGAAGAGGUUGAGCAAGGCGAUGACGUUAUACUGGAAAGUUUGACACCACCGCCGCUAAGUGUACAGGGUGCAAUGCCGCAACAGCCCACAGGUCACCAUACGAUGGAAUUUUUCGAGAUGUGCGCCGCUUUAAUUAUACAACUAGCUCGUUAGCUGAUAAAAACAAAUGCCAACGGGCUUUGUGGACGAUUUGCAAGGAAGAGAGAGUUGUAGCAGAGGGCAAACAUUUUUUCGUUGAAUAUAUUGUACAACUUUUAUUUAGAGUAUAAUUGGGCUCGCGGGAUUUGUAUACGUGGGUGUGGCCUAUUUUUUUAGUUACAUACAUACCAUAUAUCGUUUGAUUAUCAGCUAACAGGAAUUUCGAGUAGUAAAGAUUUUUCGUACAUAUAUUAAUUGUUGUAGUAUCGCUAACGCUUUUAUUAAAAAUAAAACUAUUGAAACGUUUA